UGCCUUCAUGUCGACAAAAUCUGAAAUGACACACAGCAGUAAAAUUUGGAAAAAGAACAUCUAUCGCAAAUCAAAAUGAAUUUUAGAAGAUAUAUGGACAGAAGAAUUGGUUCUCCAGCCAUAGAUAAAUAUGUGCUUCAAGAUCCAGACUAUAGCAGUGAUAUGCUGAACAAACUCAAUUCCCUCAGGACAGAGAAAGUCUUUACAGAUGCUACAGUUUGUUGUGGACAAGAAGAAUUUUUCUGUCAUCGUAAUGUCCUUGCAGCUAGCAGCCCAUACUUUCGAGCCAUGUUUACCAGUGAAUUAAGAGAAGGAAAAGAAACUCUGGUAUCGUUCAAUGAUAUUUCAGCAUGGACUAUGAAAAGGAUAAUUGACUACAUUUACACUGGUAAACUAGAAAUAAACACUGAUAACGUUCAGGAAUUACUUGUGGCUGGGAGUAUGCUGCAGUAUGAAGCAAUAGUCGAUUCUUGCUGCAAGUUUCUAAAAUGCCAGUUAGAUCCAUAUAACUGUUUAGGAAUAGAAAAAUUUGCUCAGAUGCAUUCCUGUCACCGACUUGAGGAAGAAGCUUAUAAACAUGCCUUAGAAAACUUUAGUGUGGUGACAGAACAAGUGGAAUUCUUAGAACUGACGGUAGAUAGUUUAGUAAGAUAUGUGUCUAGUGACUGGAUUGAUGUUAGGACAGAGGAAAUAGUCUACGAUGCUGUCAUCAAAUGGAUUGAGUUCGAUGUAGAUGAACGCAAGAAAUAUAUAACCCAAUUAUUAGAACAUAUAAGAUUGCCUGUUAUAGAUAAACAUAGAUUAUCCAUAAUAAAACAAGAACCAUUAAUUGUGAAGUGUGAGGAAUGUGUACAAAUGGUGCAAGAGGCUAUAACACAUAAUGAAUCCGUACAUGACCAACAUGGCCGACGAAGAAGAAGCAUGCAGAAUAGUCACGUUCAACCUAGACCAUCCACUGUAGCUAAAGAGAAAAUGGUUGUGAUAGGUGGAAUAAACAAUUAUGUAAAUAGAACUGUAGAAAUGUAUGAUCCGUUAAAAGACAAAUGGUUUGAUUUGCCUGACUUCCCUGAUAAUAUAUCAUGGUUUAGUGUUUGUGCUUUAUCUCAUUCAAUCAUAGUUACUGGGGGGAUCUUAGAGGGCAAUAUUGUCUCAAAAGUCUGGAAAUUUGAAGGCAGGACUAGAGCAUGGAUUGCAAUGCCACCUAUGCUAAAACCUCGUGCUCGGCAUGCAUCUGGAGCUUUAGGUGACCUUAUAUAUGUGUUUGGAGGUGUCACUUAUGGAACAACAUACAGUGUAAUUGAUUCGGAAUUAAUAGAAUGCUAUGACCCUAGCACUCAGUCUUGGACACAUGUUGGACAGUCUGUGUUUCCUAGGAAACAAUCUCAGGUUGUGACCUUUAGCAAUAUGCUUGUUGAAGUUGGUGGUUUACAAGGGGAAGCAAAAGUCAAUACCAUGGACAAUUUCAUGUGUAUAGGAAGUGGGAAGGACAUUAGAUCUGCUGAACAGUUUAUUUUACCGGAAGCUAUUCAGUAUUCCAAAAUAGUUGUCAUAAAUAAUAUAUUUUACAUUAUAUGGGAAGACACUAAGAAAAUUAUUGCCUUGAAUCCUAGAAGAAGAACAUUUGAAAGACUUGCCGAUAUGAAUUAUGCACAUAAACAUUGUGGGGCCACAGUUCUAGGGGAUAAAAUUUAUGUGGUAGGGGGACUAAUAGACAACACACGACCAAGUUGCAUUGUAGAGAGUUAUGAUCCAGUCACAAAUAAAUGGACCAUAGAGAAAUCUCUGAGAGAACCAAGAGCUCACCAUGGGUGUGCAACAAUAACAUUAUGAUGUGUAGAUUAACUAGUACAGUAAAUUCUUGAUCUUUAUUCACACUUUCAGAUUCACUACAAUCAAUUUCACAUUAUUCAAGUUAAAAAAAAAACAACUUCAUAUCCAGUACAUUUACGAAAUGACAAAAUUAAUAUUUCUUAUUUUUUCUCCAAAACAUGUUUAAACAUUCAUGAUAGUUAUAGGUUUCAUAAUGAAUGAGAAUUGCAUAUAUGUUUGCGUACCGCUUGAUAUCAGCUUAAGUUUGGUAUUUAAUUUAAGUACCACGAGCCUCUGGCUAGUUUAAUUAUUUCUAUUUAGAUUAAAUAACAAGAAUUGAUAUCAAGCAAUAUCCAGUUCUCAUGACUUGUUAAACCUAUUUCCCAUAUGGUCAUGAUGGUAAAACAUCAUUCUCUUUGUGUUAAAUAGAAAAUUUCUCAACUUGUUAAUCUAGUCUUUUGCACAUAACAGUAUUACUUCAUACAUGUAUGUCCUGUUUUGGCCUCAACCUUUAACAUCAGAUAUUUCAAAAAUUUUUCUGUGUUUCAGAAUGUAAUAAAAUUUGAUAUAAAUGGAUAUAUAUGACAUAUAUAUAUAAUGUUGCAAUAUUGUUUCUUGAUGCUGGAUAAGCCAAUCAAAUUAAAGCAUUUUUGGUAUCACUUAUUCGUACAACAGUCCAUGCGGUGUACAUGUGAUAUGAGAUAGAUCUCUUUGAAAACACGAGAAAUAGAUAAUAAGCCACAAACAUAAAAGAAUUUUUUAGUACAGCAUUACAUUUCAGAUGGAGCAGCAGAUGUAUAUAUUUAUAUAUAUAUAUAUAUAUAUUGUUUUCAAUUUAGACUUGUAUAUAUAUAUAUAUAUAUAUAUAUUAAAAAUGACCAAUGUCACCGUUAUUUUACAUUAUGGAAUUAUGUUAAAAAACAAAAGAUAUUUCAUGAAGGACCACAUUUCACUAAAUACAUGUUUACAUGUACAUGUAAUAGGCUUUUUACUUUUUUAUACAUUUGUAUUUUGUAUGAAAUGUGUAUUCCUCCAUGAAGCAACUGCAUUGAAGUUACUCAAAUAUUCUUCAAGCAGUCACAGAAAUAGUUUGUAAAAGCUUUUGGUGUAAAAAAAUGUCAGGAAUAUUUUUAUAAAACCUGAAGAAACUUAGCCACCAGAUUUUUUUGUGCCAUUAACAGUGUUCAGUUUUAUGCUGUGUAUACUUAUAUGAUUGACAAUCAGAUUCAGCCUGUAGGUAAUUCUGGCCAGACAAAAAUACACAUGUUUUAAGGAUUUCCUCCUUUAGAAAUAUAGGGUGGGUACAUGUUGGUAGUAGUUUUUUGUUUUGCUCAUUUUUUUUACCUUGAGUAUAUGGGGAGACCUGCAAUAAAUUAAUAUUGUCACAAUCUACUACUUAAAGCAGAGGUAGAUCCAUAGUCAGAGGAAAUUUGAUGUUACUGUAGGUUUAAGGUUUGAAAUGGCAUCAAGCAUAGCGAGGCAAAAUUUAUUCAAUGCCUUUAAUAUAUAAUGAUUAUAUUUUUACAAUCAGAGGAAGGGGUGGGGAAAAUACACUAUCUACACUCCCACUUAGAACCAUACCUGAAAAAUGCCAAUAAAAACAUUCUGGUUGGCAUUUGAGGCAUGAAAAAAAAAAUCUGUUGGUAAACAAAAACUUGUAUUUUGUAUUUUUGCCCUAUGUUACAUUGUACUUCGUCAAUGAAUAAAUUGCAUGUAAUAAGUUUGAAAUAUUAAAGGAGAUAAUUAAAAACAAUUAUAUUUUUGGUUUGAUCAUGACCAACCACCCUGUUAUUUUAUCCAGAUUUGUUUUUUUUUAAGUUUGUGAAAACAUGAAAAUUUAUUAAGACCUUAUCAUGUUUAAGACCUUAUCAUGUUUAAGACCUUUCAGUAUCAUUUUGUUUGGCUCAUAAUAAUCACUUUUGAUAAGAAUGUGACAACUGAAUACAUAUUUCUAUUUAGAAUAUUUGAUUUACCCACUGAAAAUGUACAAAUAUGGUCUCAACAACAACAGUAAUACAUUCUUAGAUUAUUUUACAUUCUAGAUCUAUAAUAACAAUUAUAUAUGCUACUUCUGUUUGUGUCAAAAUAAUUGUAUUACAUUUCUUGUAGAAGAUUACUUUGCUUUAAAAAAAAGUGUGUAAAUUAGUGUGGAAUGAAGUAUAAAAGAGAAUUAUGUAUCUUUUCAGGUCAGGUAAAAUAAAAUUAAUUACCUCAUGUUUAUCAAUUAUGAAAGUAGAAUUAACUUGUACUUACAGGUGAAGUCAUCUUCAGUAGUUUCCAUAACAAUUGCACAGUCAAUUGGUAAACAUUUCAGUUGUUUCAAUUUUGAUUCUAUAAUUUCUUAUUAUGGAAUCUAUAUAUAUGUGCUUUUAAGUUUAAGAAAUAAUGUUUGAAAUGUUUGAAAACUUCAUGUACUUGAAGACUGAUGAAAGAAAAUAGUAAAAAAAAUAUACAUUUUGUGAGUGUGUUCAUUGUGUAAUACUCUGUAAAUUUUGUUUUAUUAUCAGACUCAAUGAAACGACACAGGUACAAGCAAAUGUAUGUACAGUAAAAACAAAUUUUCAAGGAAACACCGAAAUAGUUGGGGGAGACAAGAGCGCAAAAUAAUGGAAAUUUGGGGACAAUAUUUAGGUACAUGUAGUAUGGGAGAAUAAACAAGAAAUGACAGAUUUUUUUCAUUGUUUCCCAAAAUGUAGGUUAUAUCAUGCUAUUUUCAAAAAUACAAUGCAUAAUAUAAAGGUAUUGGUCACCUUGCUUUUCCUCAAGCUGCAGACUGUAGAAAAAAACUCUUUUCAUAUUUAAUAUUAAAGGAUCAUAUACAAAAAAGCACUAUACAUAACAUGUAUGUGACUAAAAAGAAAAUUAAUUAUUAGAAUUUUGAAGAAAUUAUGAGUAGACAGCUUAUAUAAAUUGCUUUCAGAAAAUAAUUGAAAAAAUGUUGUCUCUGAAGUCAGAGGCAGAUUUAGGGUUGGCCCAGGGGGCCCCCGUAUGGAGCUACAGCCUACAUAUAUAGUUAAUGCAGAGACUUGUUCUACUCCUAAUAUUGCCUAGUUUGGGGGCCCCUCUUUUUCAAAAUCCUGGAUCAGCAUCUGAAAGUCCAUGUAUUCUUGUAAAAAAGUAACCCCAUAAGAUAAACUAUAUGAAUUUUACAUUAUAAUACCGGUAGUCAUUUAAAAUUCUAGUAUUUCACACACUCCCACAUUUGUUUAUAUCUUUGACAUUUGACAUUAUACACACUCCCACAUGUGGUUUAAUCUUUGUCAUUCACUAAUGAAAAGGAGCAGUUUGUAAAAAUAAUUACGACCAUGUAUUGAUCAUAUCACACUUAAGGUCAUAUACAAUAAAUAUUCUGACAUCUUCUUACAUUUCAUUACUAUCAUUUUAGUUACACAAUUGAGACAAAACUUAUAUAAAUGCAAUUAAAAUGUGAAAUAUGAACACUGAAGACAAGUUAAAUGCAGAAUAUCAAAACUGAUGCCAUGUAAAGUGUAUAAAAAUUGCAGCUGUAGUUAUAUUAUAUACCUGCAUUGAAAUGCAUAAUACUUUAUUGUCAAUUAUUUAAUGCUUGCUUACAGAAUCUGAAAAUGGACCUAGCUAGUCAGUCUAUUAUAUCAGUAUUAGUAUUAUGAUUGUAUUGAAUGUAAUGUCAGUUAUGAAAAAAACAGGUAUAAUUUAUUUGUUAUCACAUAUUAUGAUUAUUUUUACAAAUGUUUGAUUUGACUGUCCAUGUUGUGGAGACAGAAUAAAUAUGUCUUAUUAGCCUUGAUUUUGGUCUUGUUAGCAUAGAUUGAUAAUUUUAGUCAGUAAAGACAGCAUUAUUACCAUAUAAGAUUAAUAACUUUAAGUGAAAUUGAUAGAAGGAUCCCGCUAAAUUAUAUUAACGUCAGCCUUUGGCCAGAGUAAAUUAAAAAAACAUCAAUUAAACUUGUGUCUCGGGUCAAAAGUCAAGGUAAGCGAGACAUAGGGAUUCUAAUCAACAGCAGCAUCUGCAUUAACUAUUUAUUUAAAGCUUAAUAUUUCAGAAGCUACAAAAAAUCUGAAUGCUUCAUACCUUCUAUACAUAAGAUUUAUGUUACAAAGUGUCCUCAGGCAUAUGUCCAUUGUCUUUGGCAUCAUUUUCAUGGUUUAGCUACUGCUUAAAAAACUGUAUAGUUUUUUUAUCAAAUGAAUUUUUUUACUUAUUAAUAGUACUAGGAUAGCUAUAUUUGGUAUACUGUAUCAUUGAAAGGUCUACAUUUCUAUCAGACAGGGUUCAUGGUUGUCCUCAUUUCUUGGAUCAGUGAUCAAGGUUAUAUGGACAAGCUCUAUAAGCAAUAAGUUGACUAUUUUUGGUUCAUGUCCCACUGGCAGGUUUUGUCUAACCUAGACCCCUUUUUUAUGGUUCAUUGGUCAAUGAUAAGUAUUUGUGGUUUGAUCUGUUUCUCGGUUACUUUAAGCAUUAUGUCAAUUAUAUUUGCUGUAUUGAAUGAUUGUAAGCUGUACUUGUCUGUUUUGGAGGGUUCAUCUGACCUUGACCCCAUUUUCAUGAAUUAUGGAUCAAUAUUAAAAAAAUUUUGGUUUGUAACCAAUAAGUCUACUGUAUUUUGUAAAUAGAAUGAUUAGAAUUGAGAAUGGAAAUGGGGAAUGUGUCAAAUAGACAACAACCCGACCAAAGAGCAGAACACAGCCCAAGGCCACCAAUGGGUCUUUUACGCAGCAUGAAAAUCCUGCAGUCGGAGCGGGCUUCAGCUGGACCCCGACACAGCAAUGUAUACUAGUUCAGCGAUAUCGGCCCAACACUAAACUCCAACACAUGUAAAUGAACCAAAAUUAAAAAAAACUGUAUGGUGAACGUGUUAGUAGGGCAGGGUUCAUCUGAAUUUGACCUCAUUUUUAGGGUUCUUCUGUCAAUGAAAAGAUUUCAUGGUUCUUCUGUCAAUGUCAAGAUUGCAUGGUUCUUCUAUCAAUGCAAAGAUUUCAUGGUUCUUCUGUCAAUGCAAAGAUUUCAUGGCUUUUCUGUCAAUGUAAAGAUUCAGGGUUCUGUCAAUGUUAAGAUUUCAUGGUUCUUCUGUCAAUGUAAAGAUUUCAUGCAUGGUUCUUCUGUCAAUGUAAAGAUUUCAUGGUUCUUCUGUCAAGGUAAAGAUUUCAUGGUUCUUUGUCAAUGUAAAGAUUUCAUGGUUCUUCUGUAAAUGUGAAGAUUUCAUUGUUCUUCUGUCAAUGUAAAGAUUUCAUGGUUCUUUAGUCAAUGUAAAGAUUUCAUGGUAAGGUCCAUUUCUCAGAUUCUGUAGGCUGAAAGUCAUCUAUAUUGGGUGUAGGGAAUGAUUGUAAAGUUAAUAUGUCUGUUCUGCACGGUUCAUCUGACUUUGACCUCAUUUACAAAAUAAUGUUUAUAUGAUACUUGUAGUAAAACCUUAUCUGAAAGACUCAACAUAAAUUCAAUCAUGAUUAGUAACGCAGGCAAGACAUUUUUGCGUGUAUGUGCACUCUUAUUCUAUUUUGUUUUCAUGCAUAAAUCUAGCUUUCAUCAAGGAAUUUUCCUUUCUUAAACUGUGCUAGAUGUUGAACUGUUGUACAAUUUGUAUUCACCAUACGAAUACCAACUAUUAAAUUCUGAAAAACCUGGUAUAAAGGGACCAUUUGCUACCAAAUAUAAAGAGGGUAAAUAAGAGGGCCAUUCUUCACACUAUGUAUAUGUUUAUCAUAUAGAUGCAUGCUCUUUUGAAGCAUUACUGUCUGGUUAUGUAGAUUUCCUCCAACAUUAUAUACCCUGCUGAAGUUAUUGGGUAGAACAUAUAUAUCUGUUAUAGACUUCUUCACAGAUAUGUUGCAAGGCAAAAUGUUCAGACAAAAACCCAAACAUUGUGAACAGGAAAACCAAAGGUAGUUUUGUUAUGAGAUCAGAAAUGAGAGACAAUACAUUGAAAAACAUAGUCUCUCUUCAUCAAAUAAAGUAGUUUUAAGUACAUAUAGUUCAAAAAUUGUAUGAGAACUUUUCAUGUAAAAUUGCUGUUAUUUAAUUAAAGAUUGUAACAUGUCGAAAUGUCAUUUAUGAAUUGAUGCACAUGUGCUUUUUAAUUUUGUGGUAUUAUCAUAAAGGUGAAUGUUUAUCAAUAUUUUGUGUAAAUGUAUAUUGUAUUGAUAUUUGGGCAUUUAUAUUUUAACGACAGUAUGUUAUAAUGUGUUAGUUCGAUAGGAACUAUUGAUUUAAGCCAAAAUAAAUGUCCCCAUCUCUUGCCAUUGUGUAUCUUAAAAUGAAGUGUGAGACUAUCAAGGAGAAAAAAUUUAAAAGUAUAAAUUUCUUAUAUAGAUGUUAAAUGGUUAAAUAAGUACCUACCCUUAAGAUUUUUUUGUCAUGUUCAAACAAGCACUAUUAAUGUCAAACUGUUUCACCAAAAAAUUGCCUAACUACCUAUCCUAAUUUCUUUCAGCAUUUUAGCAGAAACACAGGUAUUAUGUUUUAGCCCUUACUUGCAAGAAAAUUGAUUAAAAUUAUUCUUUAGUGGUUAUUUUGACUGGAAUAUUAUACUUGUGAAAAAGAUCACCAAUAUUUUUCUUUCUUUGUUUUACAUAUUAAAUAUGUUGAAAGUUCUCCAGAAACAGACAUUUUUAAAGUCAUUUCAUUCAAUGUAUUCCAGUAACUGUUGUCUUACAGUUGCUCAUAAAGUUUAAAUUAGCCCAAUUUGCAAAGGCUUGAUUUGUUCCUGUGUGAACUCUUUAUUGAUUGAUUGUUGUGACCUUCAUGCCAGGCAACCAUACCAUAAUGCCAGGCAACAUUAAUGUAAUGCCAAGAAACUCUAACUACCUUAAUGCCAGGCAACAUUACCUUAAUGCCAGGCAACAUUACCGUAAUGCCAGGCAACAUUACCUUAAUGCCAGGCAACACUACCUUAAUGCCAGACAACAUUACCUUAAUGCCAGGCAACACUACCUUAAUGCCAGGCAACACUACCUUAAUGCCAGGCAACAUUACUGUAAUGCCAGGCAACAUCACCUUAAUUCCAAGCAACAUUAAGCAAUUAAUAAUUCAUUAAUCAACAAUUUUGACAAAGCAAAAUCGGUGUAAUUAAAAUUCUUACAAAUGCCUAUACAAAAUUAAAUAAAUCUGUUCUCAUUAGAACAGGUAGAAAUUCAUUGCUGACUCAGCCUUUCACAUAUCCUUUUUCUUGGUGAGUACAAAAUCCAUGUAUGGUUGGUCCUUUAUGCUGCAUUGCUUAAAAGUAUUCAAAGGGAAGUAAUUUGGUGAUUGUAUUAAACAUAAAUUCAUGAGCAUUUAAUUGUUAACCUGUUUAUCUUUUUAGUGUUGUAAACAAAUUUCUACAGAAUUAAGGUUCUACAUGGUCAAUAGAUGUUAAAAAAGGAAAUUUAAUUAAAUUACAGUCAGCAUGGUUGCAGCAUAACAAUAAAUGUUCUGACGUUAAAUUCUCCAGCAGCAUAUUAAAAAAUGAGAAUAUAAUUUGUCUUCGUUGUUUGCUAGUUUCAGUGACAUGAAUGUACAACUUUUAAUUUUUCAAUGUUUGUUUUUACUACUGACUUACAACAGUUAGAGUCUUGUCUUGUUUAUUUUGAAUAAAUAUUUUAUUUACUUGA